GGCCGCACGACUCACCGCCGGCCCGCCGAGACAGCCAGAUUCAUCCGCCAACCGAACAUCAUGCGGUGGCUACCUGUUGUGACGGUGCUGAUCGCCGGCUGCGUCUCGCUGCGGCCAGCUUGGGCCGGACAAGACAACUCUGAUCUGGCGGCGCUGGAAGCGCUAACCGCGGCCAGCUUUGGAGUUCAUCCCGCGCACCUGCGGAAACGCAGAAACCUCAACGAGCUACUCGCGCAUGGCCACCAUGCUGCCCACGCGGACCAUGGUGACCACGGCGAUCACGGAGACCAUGGUGCGCACGGAGAUCACGGAGAACAUGGUGCUCACGGGCAUCAUGGCGCCGAAAAAGGCACGCGGGCAGCGUUGACUCCUGCCAAGGGCACCGAACAGUCGGUCUGGACGCUCAUCAACCACACAGACAAGUACGGCUGCGUAGCCAAGUUCACCUGUCUGCUGGAGGCCAAGCACCAGGGCAAGAACAUAACGUCACCGGAGAUCGUCAUCCACCAGUACAUCACGAGUCAGCCGGCCGAGUCAGAGCUUGAGGAGCUGAGCAUUCUGAAGGCGCCCUACUUCUUCGCCGCCUUCGUCGGCAACCGGUUCGGCCGCAGCAUGUGCUCUAGGUUCUUCCCCGACUGUCGACACGACUUCGAAGAUGAGCUGGUGUUCGUCGACAAGUUCGAGAUCGUGCAGCCGGGGGCCGCCCAGCCGUCCGUGAACUUGGAUGUGAACCUGGCCGGGCCGGCCCCUUGAGCAGGGCAGAGGCAGUCGGCCGACGCGGCCGCGCGCCCGGCUCGUCGGCCGGCACCGGCACCAGCACGCCGCGCCGGCUCCCUCCGCCCGCCCCCGCUGCAGUGCCGACUGAUGAUGCAGGCCGCCCGCUGUGGAGCGGAAUACAUGAUGCA